AUGAAUCCCGAGUACGACUACCUCUUCAAGCUGCUCCUCAUCGGGGACUCGGGUGUUGGCAAGUCUUGCCUGCUGCUGAGGUUUGCGGAUGAUUCAUAUCUGGAGAGCUAUAUCAGUACUAUUGGAGUUGAUUUUAAAAUCCGCACCGUUGAGCAAGAUGGGAAGACAAUAAAGCUGCAGAUAUGGGAUACUGCUGGCCAAGAGCGCUUUAGGACCAUCACAAGCAGCUACUACCGUGGAGCUCAUGGCAUUAUUGUUGUGUAUGAUGUAACUGACCAGGAGAGCUUUAACAAUGUCAAGCAGUGGCUGAAUGAAAUUGACAGGUAUGCCAGUGAAAAUGUGAACAAGCUUUUGGUGGGGAAUAAGUGCGACCUGGCUGAGAACAGAGUAGUUUCUUAUGAGGCUGGCAAGGCCCUUGCUGAUGAGAUCGGAAUACCAUUCCUUGAGACUAGUGCCAAGGAUGCAACAAAUGUGGAGAAGGCAUUCAUGACCAUGGCAGGGGAGAUAAAGAACAGGAUGGCAAGUCAACCAGCUGCAAGUGGUGCUAGCAGGCCUGCAACUGUGCAAAUGCGGGGUCAGCCUGUUUCUCAGCAAAGCAGCUGCUGCUCUUGA